CAGAACUCCGGUCUCUGUAAGAGAGCCGCGAGGAGUUCAAACCGAACUCCGCCAACCCGGGCCCGGGCCCGGCCUCCACCCCCCCCCCCCCUCCACCCCUCACCCCGACUGCUUCAAACCAGUUGCACGGAUAAUGUAUAAGGCGAAUUAAUGAAGAUCCCUGAGGAGAUUCUGGCUUUAAUAUUUUCAUAUCUGUCUCUGAGAGAGAGGCACAUCGCUUCUCAGGUCUGUAGACGAUGGGCAGAGGCUGUCUCUUUUCCUGCUGUAUGGCACUACACAGAGAUCAGUUGUAACUCCGGAAACGAAGAUGACUACAACAUCUGUGCAUCAUGCCAGUUCCAACGAAAAAUAAAAUACCUUAAGAUCCUUUGCAACCAAUCUUCAGAAGUAAAUCGGAAGAAUGUCAUAAAGGUUCUGAACAACAUGGCCAACUCUCAGAUAGAGCUGUUAAGCCUCUCCAUCAUUUGUACUGGAGAAAACCCUUACUUCUAUUCUGGCCAAGACCUUUUGCAAAGCAUUGGGAGUUUAUUGAAAGCACGAACACGACAGAAUACUUGUUUGCAACUCCGCCACGUUGACUUCCGGGGAAUGCCAUUCACCUUGGAUGACUGCAUAGUUCAAACUCUUACCAAUAGAUGCCCACAUCUGGAGAGCCUGUUCAUUAAUAAUCGGACAUUUGUGUGUAAAGUGACUGCAGGAACCAUCAUAGAAGCACUGAAGCUUUGCCCAAAACUGUCUACUUUGGGAUUGUUCCAUGCCAGUCUGACUGAAGCUGUCUUCACUGAAUUAUUAAGGAUUGAACGCUCACCGCUCAAACUCCUCCAGCUGUACUGUGAACGCAUGGACAAAUAUAUUCCAACUAUCUCUUCUGAGAUGUGGAAAGCUGUGGCAAAGAGACAUCCAUCUCUCGCAGUGGACAUUGAGCUAGAUAGUUCAGUUCCUGUUAAGAAAGUUCCCCAUAUCCUGCAGCCAGGAAUACCGAUCGUGAAUAUACAGCUAAACACAUACACAAAUAUGGUCCAACAGGUCAAUUUUAUCUCUCAGAAUUACUGCAGCACUUUGAAAAAGCUGGUCUUGCAGACAACUUCCUCUGAUGAUUUGGACAGGGCUUUGUUGGACCUGGCAUGUUGCUGCCUGUGCUUGGAGGAGAUCCACUGCUACUGCAUGGUAUCUGCAGAGGUUCUGAAUGCUUUCCCCCUCCAUUGUCCUAGGUUGCGCCAAUACACGUUGAAAACAUCCAGAGAACCACAUCCCUGGCUUCCAGCAAUUCUAAAAUAAGUUGUGGAACAAAGCUCAGGCCAAGCUGCACUAGUCACAGUAACUUCUGGCACAUACAGCUCUGUCCUCAUUGUGUUCCAUACUGGUAUAAAAUCAGGGUGGUCCGGCUGGUAGCCCAAAGCCGCAUCCUCUACUCGCCAUUUCAUCUGGCCCAUCCGCUCCCUCCAUAACCUGUAAAUGUUAUGUUAU